AUGACAACCACCUCCAUCACUCCGCCCUGCGUAUCAAACGUCCUCGAUGCAAUAGGCAAUACACCAUGCGUCGAGCUGAAACGUAUCACUCCAGAAGGACACGCCCGUGUGUUUCUCAAGCUCGAGUUUCUCAACCCCACAGGCUCGUACAAGGAUCGCAUGGCGAGAGCAGUCAUUGAAGAGGCAGAACGACGAGGCAUCUUGAAGCCUUGGAUGACGGUCGUCGAAGCCACGGGUGGCAGCACUGGCUCAUCCCUUGCCCUUGUCUGCGCCGUCAAGGGAUACAAGUUUCGUGUCAUCUCUUCAGACGCGUUUGCCAAGGAAAAGCUACGGACGAUGGCUGCCUUUGGCUCUGACCUUGAUCUAAUUGCGAGCGCGAAUGGCAAGAUCACGCCUGACUUAAUUCCUUCCAUAAGAGAAAAGGCCAAGGAGUUCUCAAAAGAGGAGGGUUUCAGCAAUACUAAUGUCCUCGUCGGCUACCAGACCCUGGGCCACGAACUCAUUCAGCAAUUCCCCGAUGGUAUCGACGCCUUCUGUGGCGCUGUCGGAGGCGGCGGCAUGGUCAUGGGUGUAUCAAAGAUCUUGAAGGAGAAAUAUCCACAGACGCGCAUCGUUGUCCUCGAACCAAAGUCUGCGCCCAUGAUCACAAAGGGCCACGGUGGAAGCCACAGCGUUGAAGGAAUCGGCAUCGGGUUUAUGCCUCCGUUACUAGACAAAUGUCUUUACGAUGAGGCCAAGGGCAUUCCAGAGGCUGAGGCUCGCGAAAUGUGUCGUCGCCUAGCGAAAGAAGAGGGAAUACUGGUUGGAACAUCAAGUGGCUUAAAUGUUGUCGCAGCGCUUGAACUGGCAAAGCAGCUCGGGCCGGGCAAGACGGUGGUCACGGUCGCAUGCGAUACUGGGCUGAAGUACAUGAACAGCGGGUUGUUUGAAUAA